AUGGGCGAGUUCAAGCGCUCCACCUGCGCCGGCGCCGUCGUGCUGGCCGUGCUUGUCUUCUCACAGAAUGGACUCGCUGCAGGUACUCUUGAGGAGAACAAAGAGAACGCAGACUCUGAUGAGGGCUCAGAUAUUCUCAGCCCCGCGUUUUUGGUGGAUGGAUGUGGGGGCAGCAGCGGCUUCUGGCGGUAUGUGCCCAGCAACGGCUGCGGCUGCUCCAUUGAUGCAGAAUCCCCCACUGAUAAUGCCGGGGACGGCAUCUCGGAGUACCUGCCUUUCAUCUUUCCCCUGCGCAAGUAUGGCGGGACAGAAGACUUGGAGGAUAAUUUCAUGAAGUCUGAGUUCGCCCAGGUCGCGCUGGCACUGCGUGCACAGAUCACUUCAGCAACAGAUGGGAUCUGGUGCUUGACAUCUCAGCGCGCUGCUGAGAGCUGGGCUUUCUCUUUGUACAAUGAGAUCCACGAAAGCAGCGAUCCGGCAGCAGGGGCUGUUAAAGUGCUCGGAUUCGUUCUGUGGAUCAAGAAUUCCCCUGGCCGCAUCCUGUGCAGCGAGCUGCGGAAACUGGGGGGCAGCCAGGCCAAGCCGAUGUACCGCAUUGCUCUGAGUUUCUGUCCUGGAAGCUGCCAGCGUGGGUCAGCGUACUGA